CUCAGCAGUCUCCAGUCUACCAACUGGUCUCUGUAACUUCAUCUUUGUCUCUGUGGUGUCCAGUCUUCAGGUGAUGAUGGAGGUAUUGAAUUAUCUCUCUACUCUCCUCCUCCUCUCUCUCCUUCCUCCUUCUCUCUCUCAUGUAGUGGGGAAGUUCAGCGAAGUUAAAGAUUGUGAAAAGUUCUUCGUGGAGGGAACAACUCCAAAUCUCCCGGGUAUUUUGGUUGGUGGCAAAGUCCAGGACCAGAAACGCUACAAACCGAUUUGCCAGAAGUACAAGAACAGCUACAGGUUUGCAACUCUCUACGACACGACCAACAAGAUCCCUGUGUUCUCAGCCUACACCUUCACUGGUGCUCCUCCUAAAGGCAGACCAGAUCAAUCCUGGAUGAACGAGCCCCAGGUAGGCUAAUGUUUUGUCACAUAAAUAACAUGUCUGGGAUAUAUAGCAGUAAUGUUAACAGAAUAUAGAACUACCACUAUAGAGGGUAUAGAGACUUGAUUGAUUGUCUUGAUUGUGGAUCGUAACCCCCCCCCCCCCCCCCCCCCCCCCCCCCCCCCCCCCCCCCCCCCCCCCCCCACCAAAGAGGGUUUAUUGUACAGAUAAGUUGUGAGUGAAUGUAUGAUUGGAUUGUAUGAAAGGGUUGUUAAAUGGUAGAAUAAAGAAAGUGUGUGUGUGUGAGAUAAGGCUGUUUUCUACUGUGAUAACCGUGUCAUUGAGAAGGUCAACCACCCACAUUUCUUGCAGCUCAACAACAACCCUGAAAUGAUGGUGGAUCAUCCAUACCAGUCUCCAGAUCACCAGGCUGAGAACAACGACUAUAAGCACUCAAUAAAAGAAAAAGGGGUGAACAGAGGUCACCUCUUCCCAAGUUCACAUGCUCAUGACCUUGAAACUCAGGAGUCCACCUUUACCCUGACCAACAUCGUUCCCCAGGUGGAGUCCUUCAACGGGGGCAGCUGGAGCACAAUGGAGAGGAGUGUCUCUGAUAUGCUUCAGAAGGACUGUCUUGAUAGCAACGGGAAGAUAAAGGCCUAUGUGGUGACUGGAGCAGUGCCCAGUAGGAACAACAAACUGAACAAACGAGUGAACAUCCCAUCUCUCCUGUGGACAGCCUACUGCUGUAAAAACAACCAGGAACAGUGGGUGGCCAAAGCACACUGGGGUGAGAACCAGAAGGAGGGGGAAGGGAAAACAUUGAUAACAGAAAGCUUGGGAACACUCGAAAACAAGUUGAAAAAAGGUGGUAGUGUCCAGGUGUUCCCAAAUAGGUGUCCAAGAGUUCUUAACCCAACCAAUACCCCUAACCCAUCCUCC